AGUUCGGUUCGCAUUUGAGUUUUAUUCGAUCGCAAUGGCAGGACUUGAGAGAAUUUUUCCAAAAUUGGUAUCAUUUUAUUUUUUGUGUUUGGUGAUUGCUAUAGUUCUGAGCAGACGUGUGCAAGGAGGAGGGGGGAGUUCCAGUUCUACCCCCCCUCCAGGAACACGUCCAAUUUUAGGGAGCCCAGAAAAAGCUAAGAAUCCUGUAUUCGAUCUUCACCAUCGCAAUCCAGCGAAGUCCAUGCUGUUCGACAUAAAAUUCCCAAACACUCCCGAACGAAAGGGUGUCGACGCACAAAACUAUGCAAACAAACUGAUGAAAGAAGUACCGAAAUUCGCUCAAAAAGAAGAUCCCAAUUUGAAAAUGACCGGUGAAAGUUGUGCUCAUGGCCUUGGCAGCUUAUACGUUGUGAAAUCUGAUGAGGGAACCAUUUUGUAUUCAGUUUGUUUUAACGAUGCAACGGCCAGUGCCAUUUACAGCACGCACACGAUCAGUCUUUCGGGACAACAAGAACCGGAACACUCCAGUCAUAUUAGUUUCAAAGAAAAAUACACAUUGGCUGGAUGGAAACCGACAAAAGUGACCGAAUUGUAUAGUGCAGAAAAUCAAACGGAAGCUUUCAAUGCGGUAUUCAUACCAUUUACAAAUGCCGAUUAUAAAAUGGGAAUUUACUUAUCACGCAACCACUUGACGCCUCAUGCUGAUUUCAUGCAAGUCAAAGAUCAGAAAUUGACUUACUUCUUCCAAAAUUGCUUUCCAGGAAUGCAAUCGAUGAAUGGCCAGAACUGGGCAAAAGUAGAAGCAUAUGGGCGUUCAUUAUCGAUCGAAAUGAAAGAAACAAUGCACAUUCAUACCGGCGUUUAUGGAAUUUUAAAGAAGAAAACUAAGAAGGGCGAAAUGAAAAAUGUCUAUUUGGACCUUGUCAAUCAGAAAAUUGAAGUUCCUUUGGUAGUUUGGAAAUUAGUUACCCAUGCCAAAACGCAAGCCACCAUAGCAUUCUUCACAUCCAACGACACAGACAUGGAUGAAAAGGAGAUAAAACGCUUUUCAACGUUGUGUAACAGUGUCUGCGAUGAGUUCGGCUACAAAUUCAAUAAUGAAAACGUAUCAGCUGGAUACACACUCUGCUGUUCGUAUGAAGACUUCGCCAAACAUAUUAAAUUCUAG